AGUUUUGAUUUCGACGGCCGUUGUGCAUUCGUCACAAAAACAAAAAAAAAAAAAGCGCCACUUGUCUGAGCCGUUUGUUUUCGUUGUGUUUGUUUAGUAUUUUUUGUACUUCCGUCUGUUCUCGUCGUCUCGCUUCGAGUACCCUUGCUACACAAUGCCGGACUCGUCGUUCGACCAUGACUUUGGCCAAGCACCCGUGCUGCUGAUGCAACGCGUCCCUGCAGCAGCCAUGGAUGGCAAUGUUCACAAAAUGAACGCGCCGGCGUUGUCUUACUCGUCGUCGUCUGCUUCUUCCUCUUCCUCAUCCUCAAUCUCAUCGUCUGACUCGAGCGCCUCGUCAUCGAGCUACUCCAACCCAAGCGUAGGCUCGUCGACAUUUUCCACCUUGCUAACUACCUCUGCAUCGUCAGUCUCGGUGGAGGCAACGCAUUCGCCGGGAAUGGCCUCGUCGCCAAACUCUUGCUACUCCUUGCGGUUGGAGCCCUUUGAUCGCCCAGUCCCGCCGAAAACCGAUGCAAAGAGCACUUUGGAUCGUGCAGCAGGAGGCUCGGUCGCGAGAGGCCUUCGCCGGAGCAAGUGUCUGCCGGAUUUGGCCAACCUCUCCGAAGCAACGUACCCUCAGGUCGUCUCCCCGUCUGUGGGCGUGUCUGCUCGUCGUCGGCUGUUGCAUCGGCAGCAAUCGUCGCCUUCUCCUUCACCUGGACUGGUCUCCACCGUGAUUCUGCACAAUGGGCUGACCCUCUCGCGUUCGCUGCAUGAACCUUUGAGCACGUCCGAGCGUCGCGCAGAGGAAUUCUCCCAUCGCUUGCACCAUCUGCUGCGUCGUGCCAGUUCGAAGAAACGCGGCGGGGAAGCUGAGCGAUCGGCCGAUCCAAGGCAGACCUCAGUGUAGAUUUGCAGACCUCAGCGUAGAUUUGCAAUCUGCCUCGGAACUAUCACGAUGGUUUUCCAUGUUCGAUUGCUUCUCGAUGAAUCUUGAAACCACGAAAAACGCAUAUUAUUUGCGCACAUGCAUACUUGUUCCCAUUUCCGAGACAAAUAAAAAUGAGUCACCAGAAACAGCCA